CAAUUCGGAUCAGCUUCUUCUUCUUCUUCUUUUUCUUCGCUUCCGUCGCUGUUGAUGGAAUUGCAGGGGGACCAGGAUCGUCCGGAGCGGAAGGGGCAGAAGCGGAAGCUGGAGGAGGAAACCGGUGGCGAGCGGGAGAUCUCGGUGAAGUCCUGCGAAGCAAGAAAGGCGCUGCUGAGCGAGGUCAGCGAGCAGGUGAAGGUCCUCAACUCCACCUUCUCUUGGAGCGAAGCCGAUCGAGCUUCGGCCAAGCGCGCCACGCACGUCCUCGCCGAGAUCGCCAAGAACGAGGAGGUAGUGAACGUGAUCGUCGAAGGCGGCGCGGUUCCGUCUCUGGUAAAGCAUCUUCAAGCGCCGCCGUUAAGCGACGGCGACCGGAGUUCGAAGCCUUUCGAACACGAGGUCGAGAAGGGAAGUGCCUUUGCCCUGGGCCUUCUCGCAGUUAAGCCUGAGCAUCAACAACUCAUUGUUGACACUGGUGCAUUGGCUCAUCUUGUGGAUUUGUUAAAGAGGCACAAGGAUAGUCCUGUAUCUCGGGCUCUGUAUAGCGUCAUUCGUAGAGCUGCUGAUGCCAUCACCAACCUUGCUCAUGAGAAUAGCAGCAUUAAGACCCGUGUCAGAGUAGAAGGUGGAAUUCCACCUCUAGUUGAGUUGCUUGAAUUUGCUGAUACCAAGGUGCAAAGAGCAGCUGCUGGAGCACUACGAACUCUGGCAUUUAAAAAUGACGAGAAUAAGAAUCAGAUUGUUGAAUGCAAUGCGCUUCCUACUCUCAUUCUAAUGCUUCGGUCUGAGGAUGCUGCAAUACAUUACGAAGCGGUUGGUGUUAUUGGAAAUCUGGUACACUCAUCUCCGAACAUAAAGAAAGAAGUUCUUCUUGCGGGAGCUUUACAACCUGUUAUUGGAUUGCUUAGUUCCUGCUGCUCUGAGAGCCAAAGAGAGGCAGCUUUAUUAAUUGGACAAUUUGCUGCAACUGAUUCAGAUUGCAAGGUUCACAUUGUACAGAGGGGUGCUGUUCGGCCUCUGAUUGAAAUGCUUCAGUCCCCUGACGUACAAUUAAGGGAGAUGUCAGCUUUUGCGUUGGGGAGACUUGCACAGGACACAAACAACCAAGCUGGUAUUGCUCAUAAUGGUGGUUUAGUGCCAUUGCUGAAGCUUCUUGAUUCGAAAAAUGGUUCUUUACAACAUAAUGCUGCAUUUACUCUUUAUGGUCUUGCAGAUAACGAGGAUAAUGUCUCCGAUUAUAUUAGGAUUGGAGGUGUUCAGAAGCUGCAAGAUGGAGAAUUUAUUUUUCAAGCAACAAAGGAUUGUGUGACCAAAACAUUGAAAAGAUUAGAGGAGAAGAUUCAUGGACGAGUUUUGUCCCAUUUGCUAUAUUUGAUGCGUGUAGCGGAGAGGGCAGUCCAAAGACGAGUUGCUUUGGCUUUUGCUCAUCUUUGUUCACCAGAUGAUCUGAGAACAAUAUUCAUUGACAACAAUGGUCUGGAGUUGCUUCUUGGGCUUCUUGGUUCCAGUACCCAUAAACAGCAACUUGAUGGUGCUACGGCUUUAUAUAAGUUGGCUAACAAAGCCAUGACUCUUUCUCCUGUGGAUGCAGCUCCCCCAUCUCCAACACCACAGGUGUAUCUGGGGGAACAGUAUGUAAACAAUCCUACGCUGUCUGAUGUUAUUUUCUUAGUUGAAGGUAGACGGUUCUAUGCUCACAGAAUUUGCCUGCUUGCUUCUUCAGAUGCGUUCCGUGCAAUGUUUGAUGGUGGUUACCGGGAGAAGGAUGCGAGGGACAUAGAGAUACCAAAUAUUAGAUGGGAAGUUUUCGAGUUGAUGAUGAGAUUUAUAUACACUGGAUCAGUCGACAUUACUCUUGAUAUUGCUCAAGAUCUCCUCAGAGCUGCAGAUCAGUAUCUUUUGGAGGGACUCAAGCGGCUUUGCGAGUACACAAUAGCACAGGACAUAUCGUUGGAGAACGUUUCAAACAUGUAUGAACUUUCAGAAGCCUUCCAUGCAAUGUCAUUAAGGCACACAUGCAUUCUGUUUAUUUUGGAGCAGUUCGAAAAAUUGAGUGCCAGACCAGGGCACUCUCAUCUGAUCAUGCGUAUAGUACCCGAGAUCUGCACUUACUUUACUAAAGCGCUUACGAAGCCUAACCCACAUAGCUUGCGGCUAUAAGUCGCUGCCUUCAACCCUUGAGUUCUAACACCCCGAUGUACAGAAAACGGUACUAGAUGCUCUUGCUGUUGUCGAGCCAUGAGAUUUUUCUAAUUCUUUGAUUGUAGUUUGCUUACAAUCCGUCCUGAUUCAAUUACUUGUAAAAACGACGCCCCCUUUGUAGUACAAUUCUGACAUUUCUCGGAAUAUUUAUGACCUUCGCCCGCAUGGUCUCUUCAACAA